AACAUUUAAAAGAUUGAACAACAAAAACAGUAUGUUAAACUCGAACAACCCGGAUAAAACCGAGUUUCAAGAUCCCGUCUCGAUAAACGUAGGCGGGCAAAUUUACACGACAACGCUGUCGACUCUGACUCGCUUCCAGGACUCCAUGCUCGGGGCGAUGUUCAGAGGGAAGCUGCCUCUUCUGAAGGACCGAAAGGGAAACUUCUUUAUCGACCGGGACGGCGAAGUCUUUCGGCACAUCCUCAACUACCUCCGGUCUAGCUCGCUGGACCUCCCGCGGGACUUCAGCGAAAUGCAGCUGCUGAAACGAGAAGCGGAUUUUUACCAGAUCAGACCUCUGCUGGAGGAACUGGCUCAACACGAAUCCGGUUUCCUGCAAGCGGCGGGGAGAAGCGCCGUCCUUACCGCGGACGUGAGAUGCCAAGCCCGGACGCUGCACUUCAACUUGAAAAGGAGCCCCGAAAACUUCGAGCUCUUCAGCUGCACGGUCCAAAUUUACACCGCGAAUGUGUUCUGCACGUCCCGUGCGGCGGUGGAGCUGCUGUGCCGCAGUUUCUCUUACCAGACCCCAGAGGGCGCCGUGCCCCCGCAAGCCGAGGAGGGACAGCCGAACUGCCUGCGGCUCCAGUGGACCCCUCGGCCGGCCGAAAUGCCGGUGGAGCUGUUCAACAAGCACGGCUACCGGCGGCUGACAGUCGCCCCCGUCCCGUCCACCGAGAGCACAGUUGUGCAGGACGCCCGGAGCUUCGUAGAAUGGAUGCUGCAGCUGGCGCUAGCCGAAGGCUUUCGGGUGGACUCGGUUUUUCCCGACUCUUCCGAUAUUUUGAACUGCGUGUCAUUGCGGUUCGUGAGAUAUUGAAACGGACAGUAGCCACACACACACACAAACCUUAGUAUUAUUAUUGUUUUCCGUAAUGUAUGUUUUUUUUUGGUGGUUAAAUUAUUUAAGUGUUAAACAAAGGUCAAUCUUAAGCGGUUUUUGUUUUAAAUAGCGCUUUCUAAUGGACAUGAUAAUAUACUACUACUAAUAAUAAUAAUACUUGAAGGGGUCUCUGUUAUAAUAGGAUUAAACCAUUCAAAUAAACAUCCGAGCAAAUCUCAGUAUUUAUACUAACUAUUAACCUCAUUAGUCGAGGAAUGUGGUUUUGCAUAGAGAGAGAGAGAGAGAUACAUUGACCACUUUUUUACAUUUUUGAAUUGCAUUCCCUGCUUCAAGAUGGCUUCCCAUGUACCCGCAUGGACCUCUCAGAACUACAUUUCCCAUCGUCCUCCUGCUCACAUAUGUAACUGAGAUGGAUUUUACCAGUGAGCAGGAGGAUGAUGGGAAAUGCAGUUCCGAGCGGUCCAUGCAGGUACACGUGAAGCCAUCUUGAGGCAGGGAAUGCAAUUCAAAAAUGUUAAAAAAAAAAAAAAGUGGUCAAUGUAAAAAAAUAAAAUUAAAACAACACACACCUCACGUAAACAGUUGUAGCAACGCAUGGGAACACGAAACACAGUAAAAAUAUCCUUUAUACCCUUUAAGAACAAGCUGAUGCAAGUACUGGUGCAACUGGGUGCCAUAUAGUCCAGUAUCGUUGAGAGUUGGGAGGUUUACAGAUGCUGUCUGAACAGGUGUAAGUCUAUAUAACUAAACACACAUUUAAAAGAUGCAUACUCGUUUAUGCGUGUGAUGGGAGUGGUAACCUAGACUUAUAUUUCUAGUAAUAACCACUUAAAAUGUACGAGUUCCUAUCCCUCGUCCGUAUCCACUGCUUAGUGACCGGGAGGAGAGCUCCUGAAAUACGAAUUCAAUUACUGUACUUGACAUUGUUUACACUAACCUGUGCAAUAACGUCUCUGUGUGUGUGUGUGUGUGUGUGUGUGUGUGUGUGUGUGUGUGUGCGUGUGUGUUACUGAACGCAUUUCCAAAUAAAACACGUUCGCGUCUCCUGGUUUGAUGUGCGUUCUUGCUACAGCGGUUGUGUUUUGGGGUCCAGCGGUUAGAGAAAAGGGGGUUUGAUACUUGUGUGUGUGUGUGUGUGACCCUGAGCAAGUCACUGAACCUCCUUGUGCUCCGUCCUUCGGAUGAGACGUCAAACAAACGAGCUCCUAUUGGAAGCGACUCUGCAGCAGCAGCAGUUGAUGAUGAUGCAGAGUUCACCCCCCCUAGUCUCUGUGAGUCGCUUUCGAUAACACACAGCUCUGGAAGUUACUUCAGGGGUGUAUUGCCUGCCUGCAUGAAAACCUGAGCGACUCGCAGAGGCGUGUUCUAAGAACACGGAGACAGUUCUGAGGUUCUGAGUUCCGGUUCUAAAAGGCUGCAUUGUCUACCAGGUUCAGUCUGGGUAUGGACAGCAGUGUGCAAAUCUAGCACAGCAGCUCCAGGUGUGUCAUUGAUCUCCCAAAGAUUUUCAGCUCCAGCGGUUUGAUUUCACAAGCACAGCAAAUCGACUCUACAGAAGCAAUGGCGUGUUCUAAUACACGUGCGCACGGCUGUGCAAACCAAUCACAACUGAGUAACACGGACCGUUACUGUUUCAGUUACACAGCGAUAGUUAUUGUAUUAUUUUGAAUACGCUGUUUAAUAUGGAGUUUUAAUGUCCAUCUAAAACUAGUAUUUUAUAGUUAGUCAAUUGUAAUUUUCUGCAUAACUUAUC